AACGCCAGACCACAUUCGUGUUCCGACACUCACCGCGUUCGGACGGCAUGCGGCUCGCGACAGUGCGCUAAUCAAAUACUACGUGACUGUGCUGUGAAAUACAUAUUGUCCAUUUACUAGCCAGUGCUGUGACCAUCUACCAUCCCGACAUGUACUGGUGGCGAGGCGGCAUCCUGUCGCCGGAGCUGGCGCUGCUAGCCUGCAGUUUCUUCGCUGUGUGUACAGCAGGACCCAUAAACCCACUUACAAAUGUUACGCGUACAGAAUCAGGACUUAAAGAAGGUAGUUGUGCAGUGGGCGAUGUGGUGUACAUGCCUGGUGACCAGUUCCCGGGUUCGACGCCGUGCGAGCGCUGCUCAUGUGCCGCUGGCGCAGUUCAGUGCGAGAGACAGCGGUGCGAGCCCCGCCCUGGCUGCAAGGCGCUCCACCGACCUGACCAUUGCUGUCCCACCUACCAAUGUGAAUGUGAGCAAGAAGGGCGUGUAUACGGCAACGGGGAGAAAUUGGUGGACCCAGCGGACCCGUGCCGGGUGUGUUACUGCCAGGGAGGCGAGGUCGUCUGCCGGCGCAUUGCUUGCUUCGUGAGGGACGACUGUAAACCACGCCUGGUCCCUGGCCGAUGCUGUCCAGAAUACGACAAUUGUCCUCUUAGAGGUGUCACAUCUCUACCGGGUAUUUCCCCAUCAUCGUCGAGCGGAUCUACAGCUGGCACUUUUGAAACUAGCGUGGUUCCUACGGCACCAAAGGAAAUUAUCAAACCAGAGAUAACUAUCAAGGAAAUUACUCCCGUCUCGGAGAUUCCAAUUAUUACUGAAGUAAAAAUAAAGGAAAUAUUACCAUCGCCGAGUAUCGAGGUUGCUGAAUACCCAUCUUCAAAAUCUCCUCUCAUUCCCCGUGAAGCGACAUCAGAGAAAAACAUCGAUAAUCAGUAUGAACUUACAGAACGUCCUCUAGUAAUUGAAGUACGCCCAUCUUCUUCGCCUACUGUCAUAACAUCAGGGCCUACUAAAACGAGUACAGAUAAUUUUUCCACAAGUAAAAAUACUGAUGAUGCCACGCCUUCCAAAAUCAGUUUUUCUACUCAAGAUUCUAUAAAUAGUGAAAUAUAUCCAUCAAAUAUACCAAGUUUAGCAACAGUGGGUUUGCCUUCAGUAAAUUCAGGAGUGACAUCGACUACGAGUACUACCAAAGCUCCUGUAAUAAUAGAAGAAGAAGAUACACCUUUUGACCACAACCCAGCGUUCCCGCCUUUACCCGAUGACUUGUCUGUACAAGGAAGUCACAAUGAUGAAAUCAUGCCUGAAACAAAUAUUGAUAGUGAUCACAUUCCCAGCAGUCGUGAAAUUUUAACAACUACCACUACAUCAACUGAAGCAACUACUACAAAGAAAGUACAGGUAAAAAUAUUUAAAGAUAUUCCCGAAGAACCACUAACGACUGAAAAACUACCAGAAAUAUCCACUGAAUCAAGUACAGUUCAAUCAGAAAUUGUAACGAGCACCGAGUUUUCUAGUACGAAAGAUAAUUCAAUGCUCAAUCUUAGAUCUGCUAUACCAACUGAAAUUCUGAAUGUACCUUCAAUGGUACCAGAGGACAUUACUGGAGAAUUAGACGAAAUUGAGACAACAUUAACUACUCAAUCUACACCAAUUAGUACAAUUGCAAGUACUCCAGAGCCUAAACUAAAAAUUGAAAAAUCUAAAUAUUCGAUAGAAGAUAAACCAGAAAUAAGUUCUAGCACUGAAAAUGUACCACGAGUUGAAGUAGUAUCGCCCAAGAUUAUUGAAACUACUGAAUCUUCAUUGAGCACAAAAAAUUCACAGAUAGAAACCACAAGUUCUAUAGCUAAAUCCAAUGAAGCUACAGAAGUUGCUUCACAAACGGAAAUUAGUUCGUUGCCAAUAGAGACUAGUGAUCAAAAUCCGCAUGAUGUAUCUGAAAGCAUAACAAAAGAAAAAAUUGCCACAACUACGAUGGUACCUUUGGUUGACACUACUAAAAUAAUUUUGGCAGAUCCAGAGAUAAUCGCUGUAUCUAAAUUUGUACCAACAAAUACGGAAAGUCACUCAACAGAAAAUAUUGAAACUACUGAAUUCGUAUUAACCUCUUUUGGUUCAUCUGAAAGUGCUACUGAUGGUGUGGAGUUAAUUAAAAUAUCACCAGAUUCUGAUAAAAGUGCCGCAUUGAUUGUAUCUGAAGACAGACAAAAAAGUAAUGUUCUUAAAGAUUUUAUAAAUUUAGUCGGCGAUGUUGCAUCUAUCAGUGAUCAUACUGAUGAACCUGGCGUAACACACCACAUUACUGGGGCAGUAGGUAUUUCUGAUUCUGAGGAAUUAAUACCUGUCAAUGCUGGUUAUAAAAGUAAAAAUAACAACUGGAAUGUAAACUCCAUUACUGAAGUACCAUUCAAGAGUAAGAAUCAGGUACCAGUAACUAAACAAAAAAUUAUUGAAAUUGAAGAUGAUGAUUCAGAGAGUAUCACGGAUGCUUCUCCACCUCAUGACAAAGUGGAGCCUACGACCCGCAGGCCCAUUAUAGAUAAUGUAUCUGAUGACAUGGUAGCAAACAAAACAGACAAGAAGGAUAUAGAAAUAAUUACACAGACUUAUGUACCGUCAGUUAACAGGCAACCCACUAAAGUAAUAAUGAAAAAGAGCGAAAAAACGGUUUUGGAGGAGGUAUCUGCAGAGAACAUCCCUGUUUCGUCAUCAGCGGAGACUGCAACAGAAAGCAAAUUUUCAGUAUCAAGCGAGAUCACAACAUCUUCUGGAUUUGAACUGUCCUCGAAAACUAACCAGAGAAUAGAGGCGCUACCAAUAGAUGCCUCAAGCACAACGCAGUGAAAGUCAUGCCACAGUAUAUCGAUGGAACCUCAGCUAAUUAGCAUUUCGUAGUUAAUAAGUUUCUUUCUUGAAACUAUAAGUUAAUGUAGAGACUAUUAGAUUUAUGAGUUCUUAUGCAGUAACCCUGUUAAAUGGUUUAGUGCGUAGCUCGUCAAUUUAUUUCCCAGACAAGCACUGUUUCUUUGCUUGGGAUAGAUAUAUUUGUAAUGUAGACCAGUGCUAUCUGGUAAUUAAAUGUGCAUUAGUUGGACAAAUUAUUUAUAAAACAAAUAUAAUGUUUAGGGGAGCGAGAUAGAGAUCAGAUGCGUUAAGCGUCUGUUUUAAUGUGUCAAAUUAUGAAAGAGAAUUAUUAGUGGAUAGCUCUUCGUGUUAGGCGAUAAGUUAUUUAUUUGUUUAGUGAGAGAAGCGAGGGUAGUGUGAUCGAUAUGUAAGCAACUAAGCUAGUCAACUUGUGACACUAUAGGGCCGCGCCGAAGCCACACGGCCGUCCCAGCCACGUUGCCAUUACUGCUAGCUGUAAUCAAUCAGAACAUGACAAAGCAGAUAUUACCGUAAGCAUGCGUGUAUAGUUUUAAUUCCAUAUUACGAGGUAAGAACAAAUUUUAGAUUCUUGUCGCCCAAUGUGACGUUAACACUUUAGAUACGAAACGUAAAGAAAUUUGGUACAAAUCGAAUUUGAUAUUAAACAAUUAUUUAGCUUAUGAAAUAUAUAUUUAGACUUAGUGAAUUAGAGUAAUAAUUGUGAUCGCACAUACCUUUAUUUAUUGCACAUUCAGGAGGUGUAAUUAUAUUAAGGUUUAAUUUGGAUCAGUCGGAAGGCUCAAGUGUAGCGUAAGGUUUAUUUAUUGAUUUGUUUACGUCUGGUCUGUAGCAGCAGCUGGUCAUCUUAGCUCUCUGGUAGGAUCUGCUCACUGGUGGAUCAUCGGUCUGCUUGCUGCUACGGUCGGUUCAGUUUAGUUGGAACUGGUCUAUACUGCGGCUUCUUGCUCCGGAAGACUGUUUCUUUUCCCGAGCAAUAAGCGCAUGUGCUCACUGUAUUAUUUAAUAUUAUUGUUUUUUUUUUACAAAUAAAAAAAUUAGACUGA